GACAGUACGUCAAAACGUCACCGUGGUAAUACGCAUUUUAUAAAUAUGGGAUAUGGCUUAAAAAAUAAUAAUAAUCAUCUUGUAAAUUGCGGCGCCAAUCUGUAUAUUUUUCGUAAAUAAAUUUUGGAAUCUUCGAUUUAGAUUUUGAAUAUGAAAUCAUUUUAUAAAAAAUAUAUGGAUGAAUUACUACAGCUUUCAAGACUCCAAUGAAAUGAAUCUCGUAUAAGCAAUAAAUAUUUAAAUAUCUGAUAAGUAUAUAUUCGUAACUUGUUAUAAAAAUGACUUCGAGUGUGACAAAAAGAAACCCAGAAAAAUCUGUUGAUAAAACAACGAAAAGCAAAGAUGAUGUUAAGGAUAAGAAUAGUACGAAGGCAGCUAAAAACUUUAAAUACGGCCCGUUGCCAAACUUUCCAGGACAAAGAAUGUGGAGCAGAGGUGUUCUAGUGAUAGGAGUCCUUAUAUAUUUGUGGUAUUUUUCUAAAGGCACGAAAGAUUCAAUUCUUUCCAAACAAACAGAGGUGUACGUUAGAAGAUCGCAAAUUGUAGAAUGUGGCCCUGAAUAUAUAAAAGAUAUCAAACAAUAUGAAGGUUGUGUACCCAAGAAAUGUGGGAGAUUCGUCAGUGAUAAACUCGUCACUGAAGAAGAAGCAGAUAUUUUAUUAAAACUUGCAGUUAGAAUAAUGGCUCGAGGUGGUUCUUCAGGAGGGGCUUCUAUCGUCGACCUCCACACUGGAGCCCUAUCCUAUAGAGACAAAUUUAUAAACAUCUAUCAACAUAAUGGAAAUAAAAAGAUUUUAACAGAAACUGAACGUAAGGUUUACGAAUUAGUAAGGAAAAAUAUACAAAGUGCAAUUGCGGAAUCUUUCGGGAUAAAUACUGACAGUUUACAUUUAACUUACCCAACUUUCUUUUCCCGUUUAUCUAACGUGGAUCCUAAGACGAGACACGAUGAAUACUGGCACGAACACAUUGAUAAACGUACUUACGAGGCUUUCCAUUACACGUCUUUGUUGUAUUUGAACGAUUACGGGAAGGAUUUUAAAGGAGGUAGAUUUAUCUUCAUGGAUAACAUAUCUGCGCCUACUAAGAAUGUAACAGUGGAACCGAGGAAAGGAAGAGUAUCGAUGUUUACUUCCGGAUCGGAAAAUCCGCAUUAUGUGGAAAGGGUAACGGAAGGGUUGCGGUUCGCUAUUACAAUUUCCUUUACUUGUGAUGCUACUAAAGCUAUUCUAGAUCCCGCUAUGUGAAAAUGAAGAAAAUAAAGAAUGUAACAAAAA